UCGGCCACACAAAGGCCCGUCUCCAUGGCAGCCGCGCGGGCCGCAGCGCAGCGCCGAUCGCGGCCCGGGCGCCAUCGAGCCUCGGCGGCGGACGUGCAGAUGGGGAAAUGAGGCACAGAGAAGUUAAGUAACUUGCCCAAGGUCACACAGCUAACUCUUGAUGCCCGCCUGAAGCGGAGGCUGAGCUGGACUGUGGGAGUCUCGGCAGCUCAGCCUGGAGAGGAGUCUGCGAUGGUAGGGGACACCCCUCCCCACGCACCCCCCCAGGAUCUGCCCAUCCUGCCGCACAUUCCUGUGAAAUCUUCCUGUCUCUGACCAAAGGCACCACCUUCUCCCCAAACUGAUCACUGCGUCUUGGUGCCGGGGGCAAUGGCACUGCAGCUCUGGGCCUGGGCCCUGGCCCUCUUGGGCCUGGUGGGCACGAGUGUGAGCCUGCGGUCCCACAAGCUGGACUUCUUCCGCAGCGAGACAGAGCUGAACCACCUGGUCGUGGAUGAGGCGUCAGGCGUGGUGUACGUGGGGGCGGUGAAUGCGCUCUACCAGCUGAGUGCGGACCUGCAGCUGGAGCAGCAGGUGGCCACAGGCCCGGCCCUGGACAACAAGAAGUGUACGCCGCCCAUCGAGGCGAGCCAGUGCCACGAGGCCGUGCUGACUGACAACGUCAAUCAGCUGCUGCUGCUUGACCCGCCCAAGAAUCGCCUUGUCGAGUGCGGCAGCCUCUUCAAGGGCAUUUGUGCCCUGCGUGCCCUGAGCAACGUGUCUACGCGUCUCUUCUACGAGGAUGGCAGCGGUGAGAAAUCCUUCGUGGCCAGCAAUGAUGAGAGUGUGGCCACAGUGGGGCUGGUGAGCACCGCGGACCCAGGUGGCGAGCGGGUGCUGUUCGUGGGCAAAGGCAAUGGGCCCCAGGACAACGGCAUCGUCGUGAGCACCCGGCUGCUGGACCGCGCUGAUGGCAGGGAGGCCUUCGAGGCCUACACAGACCAUGCCACCUACAAGGCCGGCUACCUGUCCACCAACACACAGCAGUUUGUGGCUGCCUUCGAGGAUGGCCCCUACGUCUUCUUCGUCUUCAACCAACAAGACAAGCACCCGCCCCGGAACCGCACGCUGCUGGCGCGCAUGUGCAAGCACGACCCAUUCUACUACUCCUACGUGGAGCUGGACCUGCACUGCCUGGACCCUGGCCACGCCCAGGCCCCCACCUUCGGCACCUGUCUGGCGGCCUCCGUGGCCGGGCCAGAUGCCAGCAGGGUGCUCUACACCGUCUUCAGCAAGGAUGGCCGGAGCAGCAGGGGGCCCCGUGCAGGCCUCUGCCUGUUCCCGCUGGACCAGGUCCACAACAAGAUGGAGGCCAACCGCAACGCCUGCUACACGGGCACCCGGGAGGCGAGCCGAGACACCUUCUACAAGCCCUUCCACGGCGAGAUCCAGUGUGGCGGCCACGGGCCGGGCGCCAGCGAGAGCUUCCAGUGUGGCUCGGAGCACCUGCCCUACCCCCUGGGCAGCCACGAUGGACUCACAGUCACAGCCGUGCUACAGCGUGGAGGCCUGAACCUGACAGCCGUGACAGUGACUGCCGAGAACGGCCACACCAUUGCCUUCCUGGGCACCUCGGACGGCCGGAUCCUCAAGGUGUACCUGGCUCCAGACGGUAGCUCCACGGAGUAUGGCUCUGUCCCAGUGGAGAUCAACAAGAGAAUCAAGCAGGACCUGGUGCUGGCUGCGGACCUGGCCAGUUUGUAUGCCAUGACCCAGGACAAGGUGUUUCGGCUCCCUGUGCAGGAGUGUCUGAGCUUUCCGACCUGCGCACAGUGCCGCAGCUCACAGGACCCCUACUGCGGCUGGUGUGUCGUCGAGGGACGGUGCACCAGGAGAGCUGAGUGCCCACGGGCUGAAGAGAGUGGCCACUGGCUGUGGAGCCGGGAUGAGUUCUGCGUGACCAUCACCGGGGCCCAGCCACAGAAUAUGAGUCGCCCAGCCCAGGGGGAGGUGCAGCUGACCGUCAGUCCCCUCCCAGCCCUGAGCAAGGAGGAUGAGCUGCUCUGCCUCUUCGGAGACUCUCCGCCUCAUCCUGCCCGUGUGGAGGGGGGCGCCGUGGUCUGCAAAUCCCCAAGCAGCAUUCCUAGCACGCCGCCUGGCCAGGAUUACGUGGCUGUGAACAUCCAGCUGCUCUUCAGACACGGCAACAUCUUCCUGACCUCCCACCUGUAUCCCUUCUACGACUGCCGGGAGGCCGUGAGCCUGGCGGAGAACCUGCCGUGCAUCUCCUGCGCCAGCAACCGCUGGACCUGCCAGUGGGACCUGCACCACCACGAGUGUCAGAAGGCCUCGCCCAACCCCGAGGACAGCGUCAUCGGUGCCCACAUGGAGGACAACUGUCCCCACUUCCUGAACCCCAGCCCACUGGUCAUCCCCAUGAACCACGAGACGGACGUGACAUUUGAGGGCAAGAACCUGGACACAGUGAAGGGCUCCUCCCUGCAUGUAGGCAGUGACCUGCUCAAGUUUGAGGAGCCAGUCAUCAUUCAGGAGCCAGGAACCUUCUACUUUCGGACCCCAAAGCUGUCCCAUGACGCCAACGAGACACUGCCCCUGCAUCUGUAUGUCAAGUCCCACGGCAAGAAUAUCGACAGCAAGCUCCAAGUCACGCUGUACAACUGCUCCUUCGGCCGCAGCGACUGCAGCCUGUGCCUGGCCGCCGACCCCGCCUACAAGUGUGUGUGGUGUGGUGGGCAGGGCAGGUGCGUGUAUGAGGCCCUGUGCAGCAGCGUCACCUCCGAGUGCCCACCGCCCGUCAUCACCAGGAUCCAGCCUGAGACCGGCCCGCUGGGCGGGGGCAUCCGCAUCACUAUCCUUGGGUCAAAUUUGGGGGUCAGAGCGGACGACGUGAAGAGGGUCACUGUGGCUGGCCGUACCUGCGCCUUUGAGCCGGAACGGUACUCUGUGUCCACCCGGAUUGUGUGUGCCAUUGAGGCUGCAAAGGAGCCCUGCACAGGGGGCAUCGAAGUAGACGUCAGCGGGAAGCUCGGCCACUCGCCUCCCCACGUCCAGUUCACCUACCAGCAGCCCCAGCCCCUCAGUGUGGAGCCAAAGCAGGGGCCACAGGCGGGUGGCACCACUCUGACCAUCAACGGUACCCAUCUGGACACAGGCUCUGAGGAAGAUGUGCGGGUGACCCUCAACGACGUCCCUUGUAAAGUGACGCAGUUUGGGGUGCAGCUCCAGUGUGUCACCGGCCCCCAGCUGGUCCCGGGAGAGCUGUCCCUGAAGAUUUCCUACGGGGGCUCCGAAGUGGAAAGCGCUGGUGUCACCUUCACCUACCGUGAGAAUCCCGUGCUGCGGGCCUUCGAGCCGCUGCGGAGCUUUGUCAGUGGUGGCCGGAGCAUCAACGUCACCGGGCAAGGCUUCAGCCUGAUCCAGCGGUUCGCCAUGGUGGUCAUAGCCGAGCCCCUGCCGUCCUGGCAGCGGCGGCGGGAGGCCGGGCCCCUGCAGCCCGUGACGGUGGUGGGCACGGAGUAUGUGCUCUACAACGACUCCAGGGUCGUGUUCCUGUCCCCGGCCGUCCCCGAGGAGCCCGAGGCCUACAACCUCACAGCACUUGUUCAGAUGGACGGGCACCGCGCCCUGCUCAGGACCGAGGCUGGUGCCUUUGAGUACGUCGCCGACCCCACCUUCGAGAACUUCACUGGGGGCGUCAAGAAGCAGGUCAACAAGCUCAUCCACGCCCGGGGCACUAAUCUGAACAAGGCAAUGACUCUUCACGAGGCCGAGGCCUUCGUGGGUGCCGAGCGCUGCAUCAUGAAGACACUGACAGAGACGGAUCUGUACUGUGAGCCCCCGGAGGUGCAGCCUCCCCCCAAGCGGCGGCAGAAGCGGGACACAACCCACAACCUGCCUGAGUUCAUUGUGAAGUUUGGCUCCAGGGAGUGGGUGCUGGGCCGCGUGGAGUAUGACACGCGUGUGAGUGAUGUGCCACUCAGCCUCAUCCUGCCGCUGGUCAUCGUGCCCAUGGUGGCUGUCAUCGCUGUGUCUGUCUACUGCUACUGGAGGAAGAGCCAGCAGGCGGAGCGCGAGUACGAGAAGAUCAAGUCCCAGCUGGAGGGCUUGGAGGAGAGCGUGCGAGACCGCUGCAAGAAGGAGUUCACGGACCUGAUGAUCGAGAUGGAGGACCAGACGAACGACGUGCACGAGGCGGGCAUCCCCGUGCUGGACUACAAGACCUACACCGACCGCGUCUUCUUCCUGCCCUCCAAGGACGGCGACAAGGACGUGAUGAUCACGGGCAAGCUGGACAUCCCUGAGUCACGGCGGCAGGUCGUGGAGCAGGCGCUCUACCAGUUCUCCAAUCUGCUCAACAGCAAAUGCUUCCUCAUCAACUUCAUCCACACCCUGGAGAACCAGCGUGAGUUCUCAGCCCGCGCCAAGGUCUACUUUGCGUCGUUGCUGACUGUGGCUCUGCACGGGAAGCUGGAGUACUACACGGACAUCAUGCGCACGCUCUUCCUGGAGCUCAUGGAGCAGUACGUGGUGGCCAAGAACCCUAAGCUGAUGCUGCGCAGGUCUGAGACGGUGGUGGAGAGGAUGCUGUCUAACUGGAUGUCUAUCUGCCUGUACCAGUACCUCAAGGACAGCGCUGGCGAGCCGCUGUACAAGCUCUUCAAGGCCAUCAAGCAUCAGGUGGAGAAGGGGCCAGUGGACGCCGUGCAGAAGAAAGCCAAGUACACCCUCAAUGACACGGGGCUGCUAGGGGACGACGUGGAGUACGCACCCCUGACAGUGAACGUGAUCGUCCAGGAUGAAGGGGUCGACGCCAUCCCCGUCAAGGUCCUCAACUGUGACACCAUCUCCCAGGUCAAGGAGAAGAUCAUCGACCAGGUGUACCGCACGCAGCCUUGCUCCCGCUGGCCCAAGGCUGACAGUGUGGUCCUCGAGUGGCGUCCUGGGUCCACAGCCCAGAUCCUGUCAGACCUGGACCUGACCUCUCAGCGGGAGGGCCGCUGGAGGCGCAUCAACACACUGAUGCACUACAACGUCCGGGAUGGAGCCACGCUCAUCCUGUCCAAGGUGGGGGUCUCCCAGCAACCUGAGGACAGCCAGCAGGACCUCCCUGGGGAGCGCCAUGCGCUCCUGGAGGAGGAGAACCGGGUGUGGCACCUCGUGCGGCCAGCAGACGAGGUGGAUGAAGGCAAGUCCAAGCGUGGCAGCAUGAAGGAGAAGGAACGCACCAAGGCCAUCACCGAGAUCUACCUGACGCGCCUGCUUUCGGUCAAGGGCACGCUGCAGCAGUUCGUGGACAACUUCUUCCAGAGCGUGCUAGCGCCUGGGCUCGCCGUGCCGCCCGCCGUCAAGUACUUUUUCGACUUCUUGGACGAGCAGGCGGAGAAGCACGACAUCAAGGACGAGGACACCAUCCACAUCUGGAAGACCAACAGUUUACCCCUCCGGUUCUGGGUGAACAUCCUCAAGAACCCCCAUUUCAUCUUUGACGUCCAUGUCCACGAGGUGGUGGAUGCCUCCCUGUCGGUCAUCGCGCAGACCUUCAUGGACGCCUGCACACGCACAGAGCACAAGCUGAGCCGCGACUCUCCCAGCAACAAGCUACUCUACGCCAAGGAGAUCUCCACCUACAAGAAGAUGGUGGAGGACUACUACAAGGGGAUCAGACAGAUGGUGCAGGUCAGCGACCAGGACAUGAACACACACUUGGCAGAGAUUUCCCGGGCACACACGGACUCCCUGAACACCCUCGUGGCCCUGCACCAGCUCUGCCAGUACACGCAGAAGUACUACGAUGAGAUCAUCAACGCCCUGGAGGAGGAUCCCACCGCCCAGAAGAUGCAGCUGGCCUUCCGCCUCCAGCAGAUUGCAGCUGCACUUGAGAACAAGGUCACCGACCUCUGAUCUCCAACCUCCACCAUCACGGUCUUCAGGCACAGGUGUGUGCUGCCCAGUGCCAGGCAUUGGGCAGCCCCUGGGGAGUGAGGCUGAGUCAGCAGCUCAGCCCUUCUCUCUCCAGCAGAGGAAGAGCCCCUGGGCUUCCAAGUGUGUGUGCGGCGGGGGAGCCCCAACCUCAGUGUUUCUAGCCACACAGCAUCUUUCUGAGCAAUAGUGCCGAGCGCCCACCAGCACCAGCUCCCUCCUGCAGAACCAGCAUCAGGUGUCUCCAGUCAAGUUUCCUGAGUGAUUUUGAAAACGUGCCUUACGCCCCCGGCGACUUGCUGGGUUGCUGGGGGCAGUCGGGCCUCAGCCCCCCUCCCCGAACACCAGCAGCCGCCUCGGAUACCUGGGUUUGGCCUCUUUGGAUGGGGUCUGAGUGCCUGCGGCCCCCAGGACCUAGUGCCCAGACUGUGUCUGUCUGCCCCGCCAGGAUGGGGGGCGGAAAAGCGGUACAAUGCCUUCCUGACCUCGCUGGCCUGCCCCGCGGGGCGCUGGCACUCUGAGUAGACUCUGUGCUGCAGGCCCCACCUCAAAGGUCAAGCUGGACGUCAGACGUCGAGGCCCAGGCGGCCAGAAGAGGCCCAGCAGACUGGGGGUCCUGGUCUCAGCCUGUCAGACAGGCUGACCUGGAGGCCCUGCCUAGGUCUGGGGUGGCCAGGACCAGCUCCGCCAGGACAGCCCCCAGCCCUUUUUGUAAAUCGUGUUAAUUGUAAAUCAAAUACAGCUGUCUUUUUCA